AUGCCGAGGGUUUACGACCCCGAUUUGGGAAAACGAUAUGGGAAGCCGGACCUCGAGCGGUUGGGUCUCUUCGUGGAAAUGCCCUAUAUGAAUGGCAAGAAAUACGUGUCCCCGUUCGAACCGCCGAAGUAUCACAAGGGUAUGACCUUUCUGAGCGGCGGGUACAAAUCGAAGAAUGGUACUCAGCACGGCUACUUCGAGGAGGAAUUUAAAAGACUGUUUGAAGGCGAAGGAAUUACAUGGCGAAAACCCAAACAAACUGGUAGAAAAAAGAAGUUGGGUCCACUGUCGCCGUUCAUCGUGGGCAUCAGAGGAAAAUCGAUCUGCACUCCAGGCGAUUAUUUUGGAACUUUUUCCGGAAGAGUUGACGCUUUUAGUAAUGUGAGAAAGAAAAAACCGAAAUACGUAUCGCCCAAUGCCAACUUCCAAACAAGUAAUCCAAAGAAAGGCGGACCCGGAUAUGCUAAUAUUUGCAUUAAUCCUUAUCCGACGCACAUGUGA